AUGAGUAUUACAGGUGAUGACCCUCAAGCUAUAUCUGAAUUGCAAUGCUGCCUGGGAAAGCACUUUGAGAUGAAUGAUUUAGGACCUCUCAAUUAUUUCCUUGGCCUUGAGAUCACCUCCGUGUCUGAUGGUUAUUACUUAUCUCAAGCUAAAUAUGCUUCUGACCUACUCAGUCGAUCUGGUAUUACUGAUUCUACAACAUCCUCAACACCUCUGGAUCCAAAUGUUCGACUUACUCCUUUUGAUGGUGUUUCCCUUGACGAUCCUACUUUGUACCGGCAACUUGUUGGUAGCUUGAUUUACUUAACUAUAACUCGCCCUGAUAUUGCGUUUGCAGUUCACAUAGUUAGUCAAUUCAUGGCCGCUCCUCGUACUAUUCACUUCACUGCUGUUCUUCGGAUUCUUCGCUACAUUAAAGACACUUUGGGUCAUGGUCUCCACUUCUCCUCACAGUCUUCUCUGGUUCUCUUUGGAUUCUCUGAUGCUGAUUGGGCAGGAGAUCCUACUGAUAGAAGAUCCACCACUGGCUAUUGUUUUUAUUUAGGUGAUGCUCUUAUCUCCUGGCGCAGCAAGAAACAAUAUGUUGUUUCCCGUUCUAGCACUGAGUUUGAAUAUCGUGCUCUAGCUGAUGCCACUUCAGAAUUAUUAUGGCUUCGUUGGGUACUUACUGAUAUGGGAGCCCCACAUACAUCAUCUACUACUCUCCAUUGUGAUAACCGCAGUGCCAUUCAGAUUGCACACAAUGAUGUAUUUCAUGAACGAACAAAGCACAUAGAGAACGAUUGUCAUUUUGUCCGUCAUCAUCUUCAAAGCAACACUCUCCAUCUUCAAUCUAUCUCUACCAUUGAUCAACCUGCAGAUAUCUUCACCAAAGCUCUCCAUUCUCCUCGUUUCACUCUAUUACUUCACAAACUCAAGGUGGUUUCUACUCUACCAACUUGA